GACAUAAUAAAAAUAAAAGGUUGUGGGUGUUGGGUUCAACUUCAUGUGUUUUUGAUACUAUACAAUAUUAAUAUUAUACCACCGCCUCUCUCUGUUUAUCUGUAAGGAAACCACCAAAUCUUAUCACCUUGUGUGGUUGUCACUGCCACAUACAUCUCUCGUAGUUGUAACUUGUAAGCAGAGAAGAGAGAUGAACGGUGUUAUUGAUUUAGACAUGGAAAGUGAGUACGUAAGGAGGCAUCACAGACAUGAACCCAGGGACAACCAGUGCACUUCCGUCCUCGUCAAGCACAUAAGAGCCCCUGUCCCCCUCGUGUGGUCGCUGGUUAGAAGAUUUGAUGAGCCCCAGAAAUAUAAACCCUUUGUUAGCAGGUGCAUCGUUCAAGGGGAUCUUGGUAUUGGUAGCGUUAGACAAGUUAAUGUUAAAUCUGGCCUUCCUGCUACAACCAGCACUGAGAGGUUGGAACAACUUGAUGAUGUCCAACACAUUCUUCGUAUCAAGAUACUCGGUGGUGAUCAUAGGCUCAAGAACUAUUCUUCCAUAAUCACCGUGCAUCCAGAGGUCAUUGAGGGAAGACCUGGAACAAUGGUGAUUGAAUCGUUUGUGGUGGAUGUGCCUGAUGGGAACACCAGGGAUGAAACUUGUUACUUUGUGCAGGCUUUGAUAAGGUGCAACCUAACCUCCUUGGCUAAUGUUUCUGAGAGGAUGGCCGUGCAGGGUCGAUCUGAUUUCAUCAACCAUUAGCUAUGUUAAGGGGAGGAUGAAGUUUGGUUGAUAUACACAAUUUAUGAUCCCUGUUCGGGUUUGGAUAUUGGUUGAUGUGUUCCUUUCAUUCUCUGAAUUUUUGGAGACCUUUCCCCUAUCCACCGUUCUGCAUUUGUAGCUGUGCGUUCCUCUUUAGAACAUAUAAUUUUCUCUUCUUCAGUUUUUGUAAGAUGAGAUUCUAGGCGUCAUGAGCACUUUGGAUGGGGGAUGCGAAAGUUGUCUUCCUGGGUUUUGUGUAUGGUGGUGUGUUACUACGGUUUUUUUUUUUGAAAAUAUUAUUGUUGGAAAAAGACAAUUUCUGCAGCCUUUCCCGUUUCAUUUUAGUAGCAAGAUGCUGGCAGGAGAGGCCCCCAAUAGUGGAUACUGCCUUGACGUUUUUGUGUAAGUAGUGUGGUUUUUUGUUAGUUAUGUAUUUUAUAUUUUCCUUGCUUAGGGUUUAUGUUUAGAACACUCAAUUAAAUUGACUAUGUGACUGGUCCCUGGGAUAUGUGAUGCACCUUAUUUUUAGGAACUUCGAAGAUAUGCUAUUUCUA